AUGACAUGGGCUGUCAAACAGGGCCGACUCGAUAUCCUCCAGAUGUACCUCAAAGCAGGUGUGAAUCCCAACUCCUACACACUAUCUGGAAAGCCCAUGUUAUCCCAUGCCGCAUGUGAAGGACAGAUCGAAUCUGCGAAGAUCUUACUACGUUAUGGCGCUGACCCAUGCUUACCUUGUCUGUGUGGAGGACAGACGUCUCUACUAACAGGGGAAGUAACCAACAUGAUCGAUCUGGUGCUACGUGCAGGUGCGAAGAUUACCUCUCUCAAGCACUUUAAGUUUAUUUGCCGUGUUCUUGUGAAUCCCGAGCCUCUUGUUCAGCUUGCUAUCAUGAAUGGGACGGAGUUUCUUGCGUUGAAAGACGGAUGGGGUGAGACGGUGCUGCAUAAGGCAGUCAGGUACAGCGAAGGUCUGACUGCUCUGGUUUUAAAGGCCGCACCGGAACUUUUGCAUGAGCGGGCGUCCGAUGGUAGGACCGCUCUUCAUGUCGCUGUUGAUCGCGGGUGUGUAGCAGCUGCUGGAUACUUGAUUGAGCUGAAUGAGAUUGCGAAUGCUGUUGAUGUGAGCGGGGAGACAGCGCUCCAUAUCGCGGUGAAGAGGGAUCUGAGGAUGGUACAACUUUUUGACUGGAUCUACUAUACAAUAAGCCGCUAUUACUUCGACAUAGUUGACCACUUACUGAUAGAUCCCAGGAUUUACAUCGAUCCGAUGUCUGUGCUGGCUAUGAAGCACCUUUUUCGACCCACGGACUUGUGGUUACUCUUGUCCGAAGACGUUCUAUUGCUCGUUAGGUUCUCAUGGCUUUAUGCGAAGCAGGCGGGCUACCUUUCUUAUCUGAUGAGCUGUCAGAUGCUGCUCUUUGCAUUUUGGCCAUAA